AUGUUGACCUCUUUAACUUUAGCUGUGCUAGCAGCUGUUCUCCCCGCAAAUGCUCUUGUGAGAAAGGAUGGCGUGGGGAGGCUACCUGCUUUGGGCUGGAACUCCUGGAAUGCCUUUGGGUGUGAUGUCAAUGCUAGUGCUAUUCUCACAGCAGCAAAUGACAUUGUCUCACUUGGGCUCAAGGAUCUUGGAUAUGAAUAUGUCAACAUUGACGACUGCUGGUCCGUCGAGGGAGUGCGCAACACCACAACUCAGCGAAUCAUUCCGAACCCUACCACAUUCCCCGAUGGAAUCUCCGGUGUUGCCGCGCAAGUCCAUGCUCUGGGAUUGAAGAUUGGCAUUUACAGCAGUGCGGGUGAGACCACCUGCGCGGGAUAUCCAGCCAGUCUAGGAUACGAGAAAGUCGACGCAGAGGCCUUUUCAGACUGGGGAAUUGACUACUUGAAAUAUGACAACUGCGGCGUUCCAAGUAACUGGACUGACGAGUAUAAUGCUUGUGUGCCGGACGAUGAUAUUGGGUCUAAUCCUAAUGGCACCUGUCCUGACCUUACAGAUCCUGCUCCUCCUGAGUACGACUGGGCUAAGUCUAACACAUCCAUAAGAUAUGAUCGUAUGCGUGAUGCGCUUCUCGAGCAGAGCCGGACGAUCUUGUUCUCCCUGUGUGACUGGGGUAAUGCUGCAGUUAACACCUGGGGAAAGGAGACUGGAAACUCAUGGCGCAUGUCAGGGGACAUUACCGCUGAGUGGUCUCGUAUUGCCCAAAUAGCCAACGAGAACAGCUUCUUAAUGAAUUACGUUGAGUUCUGGGGUCAUCCUGAUCCAGAUAUGCUUGAGGUCGGAAACGGCAACCUCACAGUGGAAGAGAACCGAGCUCAUUUUGCUCUGUGGGCGAUCAUGAAGUCUCCUUUGAUCAUUGGCACGACACUCAACAAGCUCAGUGAUGACAAUUUGGCCACCAUCAAGAACAAGUACCUACUCGCCUUUCACCAAGAUCCUGUCUACGGUCGUUCUGCUUAUCCCUACAAGUGGGGAUACAACCCUGACUGGACUUUUGAUCCAGAGCACCCUGCCGAGUAUUGGUCUGGGCCUUCAUCGACCAUGAAGGGAACGCUAGUUCUCAUGCUUAAUACAGAAGACUCAACUGCUACUCGUACCGCGGUUUGGAAUGAGAUCCCGGAGUUGAUGGGUCAUGACUCGUACCGGGUUACAGAUGCUUGGUCGGGUAAGGAUUUGGGAUGUGUUCACAAGAAGCAUAGUGUUUCUCUGAAGAGCCACGAUGUGUCUGUUCUGUUGGUCAAGGGCAAGUGCUAA